GCGGAUCCGGAGCCCCGACCCGGGCCAUAUCGGGAUGCGGCCCGGGUUUAAGCGGCACCAACCGUACCGACCAAAGCUUGCAUUUCACUCCAACCGGUUCGGGCCAAAACCCGCCGCCCCGAAUUCCCUUCGUCUUUCCUCGUCUUCUCACCGUCGUCGUCGUCGUCGUCGUCGUCCGCGCUCGCCGGAGCAACGCCGGAUCAACGCCGGAUCUCCCGCCGCCGCUUCCCGUCGGCCGUCGAGGGCCGGGAUCGAUCCCCGCGGAGUCGUUCGCCGUUGCCGUCGCGUCGGUCUCCAUCUCAGAUAAUUCGAAGAACUUGACGUUCUGGGCAGUCGCGGUCGAGCAUUUGGUCGGAAGAAGAAGCAUGGUUUACCAUUCAAGUUUUUUGGAUGAGGAAGGGAUUACUAGGGCAUGUGGGUGUCCAUUGCUUCCCUUAAAAAGCCAUAUAAAGGGCCCAGCUCCAACUUCUGAGCAAGAUAGAACCGAUAUUGUUGAUGAAGCAAUCACAUUCUUCCGGGCCAAUGUUUUCUUUAGGAACUUCGAUAUAAAGAGUGCUGCGGAUAAGCUCCUCAUUUAUUUGACAUUCUACAUCAAUGUGGCACUAAAGAGGCUAGAGGGCUGCAGAACUUUGGCUGAAGGGACCAAAGCUAUCAUUAACUUGGGUCUGGAGAAGGUCCCUGUGCCUGGAGAAUCCGGUUAUCCCUUUCCAGGCCUUUUUCCCUUGCCUCAGUCUCCACAGGAAGCAGAGCUAUUCAGGAAUUAUCUGAAGCAGAUAAGAGAAGAAACAAGCGGAAGACUGUUGAGUGUCGCAUAUAGACCAAAUGGGACUCCAAACAAAUGGUGGUUGGCAUUUGCAAAGAGGAAGUUCAUGAAUAUCAUCGUACCUUGAUCUGUGAUGACCUUUGCUUGCAUAAUGGUGUUCUCAAGGCACAAAUAAACAUGGUCAAAUUCCACAAUACGUUUGGCCUUUGUUGUUUCUCACUGGUUCUUCGUUUCAAUGCUUGAAUCGUACGUGGGAUCGACGUGUUUCCCAUUGGAGCAGUUCUUGCUGAGUGGGGAAUUUCUCCCCAUGAAUGUAUAUGGCAGAUUUCGCUGGGUCAAAGGCGUGCUGCUGGUAGAGACCUCAAUUUGUAUCUGUAUGUUUUAAGUUUACUAACUUGAGAAAUGUAUUUAUGUAAUAAAAAGCUUUUCAGCGAGGAUUCCCUU